UUAUCUUCCUCUCUAGCCAAGACAUUCAGCUCUGUAAAUUCCAAACAAUCACAAACAGAGAGCAUUCUCACACUGUAGCCCUCUUGUAUAAUACUAUGCAGAUCCCCAGUAAGCCUCACCCAUGCCAAAACCAAACUCCUCUAGAAUUGGGUCUCAGGGCCUUAAGUCUUGACCCCCAAAAAAACACGUCUCACAAAAGUUGUUCCAUGAUGCUCUCUGAUUUUCUCUCCCCAACUUCUUCUUCUGUAUUGUUUGGUGACUACAUUGGAAUGGAGAGCUCUGUUGAUGUGCUCAAGGAUAGUGAUGUACCAAAUGUGACCAAUUGUGCGGAUGGGCAGGGAUGUAAUUUUAGUCAGAAAUUAAGGGGUAUGAAAGAGCAAAAAUGGGCUAGGAAGAAUAAAGAGUUUCCUCCUCCUAUACCCUGGCUGGCUCGCACUGAGAAUUUGCCUGCUCAUAUGCCUUGGGUGUUGAAGAGGCAUUACACUAGUGAUGGCAGGCUGAUUCUCACUGAGGAAAAGGUUAGGCAUCAUGAGUACUUUAGGGCUCAUAGGUCCAAUGGAAGGCUUACUUUGCAGCUUGUAACACUUGAUGAUGAGAUUUUGAUUCCACCAUUUGUUUGUGAUGUGGGUAACAAAGAUGGGAAUGGGAAAGGAAUUGAGAAUGAGUGUGAUGAUCAUGACCAAAAUUUUGAUGACCACGACGACGACGACGACGAUCAUGUGGUUGAGGAUCAAGCAAUUAAUGGGAUUGGGGGAUCACCAGGCAAAUGCUUCAAUUUCAAUAGUUUGUUAAGAGGGUCACCUUGCAUCUUUGGAGUGCCAGUGCCAGCCAUCAGGCAUGUUCACAGCUAAACUGAUACAUAAAUUAAGAUCAGUUCAUGUCAAUUUUGUUUGUAGGUCAUGUAAGCUAUGUGUCCAUGCUUGCUUUCUAUGUUAUUAGAUUGUUAGUUGUGUCCCUUCAAAUUCCAUGUGGAUUUUUCAUGAGGAUGAAGAUCUCCUCAAGGUUCAUUCACUGUGGAGGAAUUUGAAUUCAAUUUUUUUUGUUUAUUAGUAAUUCU